GGCGGAAUAGAAAGGUUGUGUAGUAGAAUUAGGCUUUUUUAGGGAUUAGGGGUCAUUUCAUUGCGAAUCGUUGGGAGGGUUGAAUUCACCAGGGAGAGCUGGGACUCUCUGAUUGUCCAGGAGCGGGUACGGGGAACUGGAUCUUCUUGAGGUGGGGGACAAGAUAAUUGCGGGGCUUAGCGAGUCUGUAGGACAGUGGGGGCAUCGUUCUUGCUGAGAGGUUGGGGGCAGGGGCGGCCCGGGACCUGGGCCGAGUAGAGGGGGAGGGGACCGGCCAGCUUCUAGCUUCGCUCCUGCCCCUCCCCCGCCGCCUCUGAACAAACUUUUCUUUCUCUUCAAGUUGGGGCCGGCGCUGCUGGCGGCGGCGGCUACGCGGAGAUCGAGGCGGCCGGUACGACCGGGCGUGGAGCCCCGAUCUGGGACUCGCUCGGGCUAGUUGGUUCUCAGGCCCGGGACCCAGGCACGGCCCCAGCUAGACUCCAAGCUUUCCCGGGCGGAUGGCGCGGGGCGGCAGGCAUCGGCGGCCCUGAGCCCUAGGCGGGCCAUGGCCUCUGUGUGUGGGGCGCCAGGUCCCGGGGGCGCGCUAGGCAGCCCGGCCCCUGCCUGGUAUCACCGCGAUCUGAGCCGAGCUGCUGCGGAGGAGCUGCUGGCUCGGGCGGGCCGCGAUGGCAGCUUCCUGGUGCGAGACAGUGAGAGCGUGGCGGGGGCCUUCGCACUCUGCGUCCUGUAUCAAAAGCAUGUCCACACAUAUCGUAUUCUGCCUGAUGGAGAGGACUUCCUGGCUGUGCAGACCUCACAGGGUGUUCCUGUGCGCCGCUUCCAGACCCUGGGCGAACUUAUAGGCCUGUAUGCUCAACCCAACCAGGGUCUUGUUUGUGCCCUGCUGCUGCCUGUAGAGGGAGAGAGAGAGCCAGACCCACCCGAUGACCGAGAUGCCUCAGAUGUGGAGGAUGAGAAGCCCCCACUACCCCCGCGCUCUGGCUCUACCAGCAUUUCUGCCCCUGUGGGGCCCAGCAGCUCCCUGCAACCCUCUGAGACUCCUACAACUCCAGUAGCUGAGAGCACUCCCAAUGGACUCAGCACCGUGUCCCAUGAAUAUCUGAAGGGCAGCUACGGGCUGGACCUGGAGGCUGUGCGAGGCGGAGCCAGCAGCUUGCCCCACCUCACCCGUACUCUUGUCACCUCAUGCCGAAGGCUGCACAGUGAGGUGGACAAGGUCCUGUCAGGCCUGGAGAUCCUGUCAAAGGUGUUUGACCAGCAGAGCUCGCCCAUGGUGACCCGCCUUUUGCAGCAGCAGAGCUUACCACAGACUGGAGAGCAAGAGCUGGAGAGCCUUGUACUGAAGCUGUCUGUGCUAAAGGACUUCCUGUCAGGCAUCCAGAAGAAGGCCCUAAAGGCACUGCAGGAUAUGAGCUCCACAGCACCCCCUGCUCCACUGCAGCCUUCCACACGAAAGGCCAAGACCAUCCCUGUGCAGGCCUUUGAGGUGAAGCUGGAUGUGACACUGGGUGACCUGACCAAGAUUGGGAAGUCCCAGAAGUUCACACUGAGCGUGGAUGUGGAGGGUGGGAGGCUGGUGCUGUUGAGGAGACAGCGAGACUCCCAGGAGGAUUGGACGACCUUCACAUAUGACCGAAUCCGCCAGCUCAUCAAAUCCCAGCGUGUGCAGAACAAGCUGGGUGUUGUGUUUGAAAAGGAGAAAGAUCGGACCCAGCGCAAGGACUUCAUCUUUGUCAGUGCCCGGAAGCGAGAAGCCUUCUGCCAGCUUCUGCAGCUCAUGAAGAAUAAGCAUUCCAAGCAAGAUGAACCGGACAUGAUCUCUGUCUUCAUAGGCACCUGGAACAUGGGAAGUGUACCACCUCCAAAAAAUGUGACAUCUUGGUUCACAUCAAAGGGGCUGGGGAAAGCCCUGGAUGAGGUCACAGUCACUAUACCCCACGAUAUCUAUGUCUUUGGGACCCAGGAGAACUCAGUGGGUGACAGAGAGUGGCUGGAUCUGCUUCGUGGGGGCCUCAAGGAGCUUACAGAUCUGGAUUACCGUCCGAUUGCCAUGCAGUCACUGUGGAACAUCAAGGUGGCAGUGCUAGUCAAGCCAGAACACGAGAACCGCAUCAGCCAUGUCAGUACGUCCAGUGUGAAGACUGGAAUCGCCAACACCCUGGGAAACAAGGGAGCUGUGGGUGUUUCCUUCAUGUUCAAUGGCACCUCAUUUGGCUUCGUUAAUUGCCAUCUCACCUCAGGAAAUGAGAAGACUACUCGGCGGAACCAGAACUAUUUAGACAUUCUGCGUCUGCUCUCGUUGGGUGAUCGGCAGCUCAGUGCCUUUGACAUCUCUCUGCGAUUCACUCAUCUCUUCUGGUUUGGGGACCUUAACUACCGCUUAGACAUGGAUAUCCAGGAGAUCCUGAACUACAUUAGUAGGAGAGAGUUUGAGCCCCUGCUCAGGGUGGACCAGCUCAACCUGGAGCGAGAAAAGCACAAGGUUUUCCUUCGAUUCAGUGAGGAAGAGAUAUCUUUCCCACCCACCUACCGCUAUGAGCGGGGUUCCAGGGACACAUAUGCUUGGCACAAGCAGAAGCCAACUGGGGUCCGGACCAAUGUGCCUUCGUGGUGUGACCGGAUUCUAUGGAAAUCCUAUCCUGAAACCCACAUCAUUUGCAAUUCCUAUGGCUGCACCGAUGACAUUGUCACCAGCGACCAUUCUCCUGUGUUUGGGACAUUUGAGGUUGGAGUUACUUCCCAGUUCAUCUCCAAGAAAGGGCUCUCUAAGACCUCAGACCAGGCCUACAUUGAGUUUGAGAGCAUUGAGGCCAUUGUGAAGACAGCCAGCCGCACCAAGUUCUUCAUUGAGUUCUAUUCUACCUGCUUGGAAGAGUACAAGAAGAGCUUCGAGAAUGAUGCUCAGAGCAGUGACAACAUCAAUUUCCUCAAAGUGCAGUGGUCCUCCCGCCAACUGCCCACGCUUAAGCCAAUUCUGGCUGAUAUUGAGUACCUUCAGGACCAGCAUCUCCUGCUCACAGUCAAGUCCAUGGAUGGCUAUGAAUCCUAUGGGGAGUGCGUGGUUGCACUCAAAUCCAUGAUUGGCAGCACGGCCCAGCAGUUCCUGACCUUCCUGUCCCACCGUGGAGAGGAGACAGGCAACAUCCGUGGCUCCAUGAAGGUGCGGGUGCCCACAGAGCGCCUGGGCACCCGUGAGCGGCUCUAUGAAUGGAUCAGCAUUGAUAAGGAUGAGACAGGAGCCAAAAGCAAGGCUCCUUCAGUAUCCCGAGGCAGCCAGGAACACAGAUCUGGGAGCCGCAAGCCAACUUCCACAGAGGCCCCCUGUCCACUGUCCAAGUUGUUUGAAGAGUCUGAAAAGCCACCACCUACUGGCAGGCCCCCAGCCCCACCCCGGGCAGCCCCUAGGGAGGAGCCUUUGAACCCCAGGCUGAAGCCGGAGGGGACAGCUGAGCUGGAAGGAGUGGCAGCCCCUCCACCCAAGAACAGCUUCAAUAACCCUGCCUACUAUGUCUUGGAGGGGGUCCCACAUCAGCUGCUGCCCCUGGAGCCACCCUCACUUGCCAGGGCCCCUGUCCCACCUGCCACCAAGAACAAAGUGGCUAUCACAGUGCCUGCUCCCCAGCUUGGGCGCCACCGGACCCCUCGUGCAGGAGAGGGAAGCUCAUCGGAUGAGGACUCUGGGGGCACACUGCCUCCUCCAGAUUUCCCACCUCCACCACUGCCGGACUCUGCCAUCUUCCUGCCCCCUAGCCUGGAUCCUUUGUCAGCGCCAGUGGUCAGGGGCCGAAGUGGGGGUGAGGCCCGUGGUCCACCACCUCCCAAGGCCCAUCCAAGGCCACCACUACCCCCAGGCACCUCACCUGCCAGUACUUUUUUGGGGGAGGUUGCAAGUGGGGAUGACCGAUCUUGUUCAGUACUGCAGAUGGCCAAAACACUCAGUGAGGUAGAUUAUGCACCUGGGCCUGGACGCUCUGCACUCCUCCCUAGCCCCUUGGAAUUGCAGCCUCCCCGAGGGCCUUCUGAUUAUGGCCGUCCCCUCAGCUUCCCACCACCCCGCAUCCGAGAGAGCAUCCAAGAAGACUUGGCAGAGGAGGCUCCGUGCCCGCAGGGCGGGCGGGCCAGCGGGCUGGGAGAGGCGGGCAUGGGUGCCUGGCUGCGGGCCAUCGGCUUGGAACGCUAUGAGGAGGGCCUGGUGCACAAUGGCUGGGACGACUUGGAGUUUCUCAGUGACAUCACUGAGGAAGACUUGGAGGAAGCUGGGGUUCAGGAUCCUGCUCACAAGCGCCUUCUUCUGGACACUCUGCAGCUCAGCAAGUGAUAAGAGAUGGCUGCAGAGCUACAGAAACAGAGCUCUUUCCUCUUUGGAAAGGGCAUGUAUAACCAGAGGUUGAAAAGUUCCGAGGGGCGUGGCAGUGCAACUCUGUCUAUUUAUUAGGGAUCAGUGUUCCCUACUACCCAGUCUUUUGGCAUGUUCUAAUUAGGACAAAGAGCUCCCAACCUAGCUUUUAGGUCCAAGGUCGGGAGUUCAGUAGCCUGUGUUAAUGAAGCACACUGGUUACUCUGGUGUGGAUAUUUCCCAGCCUCAGGGCUGUACGUGGGGUAUAGUUGGGCACAUCCUGGUUCCCACUAACACCAAUGUUUCCACUUCCCUCCCUCGGACCUGAACCACAGCAAGAGUUCCUCCUUGCAACACCUACUCUGGGGAUGUCCUCCGGAAAUGAAGGAAGAGCCCAGAACUGGGCUGGGUUUAUUUAAGUUUUUCUGUGUGGGUUUUGGGGAGGGAGGGCACAUUAAUUUUAUUGGGGUGGGGCAGGACCUCGGCCAUAAAAUGGAAAUUUGCCUAGUUCUGGCUGUACCUCUGGUCCAUAGUGCCCUUGCCCAAGGAAUGCGUGGCAGUAUGCUAUAGAGAGGGAAAGAGCCUCGCUGAUGGCCACCGCAUUGGAGGACAGGGUUUUUGCCAACAGUUUAUCCUAUCUUGGACACUCAGAAAGGUUGCCAGCUUGAUGUCUUCAAUAAAUUAAGUUUUAUUUGGAUUGAGCAAAAUCACCUUAAUAAAUUACAAGUUUUUUCAAAGAAA